AGAAUUCCUUAUCUAUAGGGAGCAGCAAGACAGUAAACACCAUUUGAGGCUUGAGCUUCCGAUUUCAGAGCAAAAAUGGCAGCCUUUUCACCAAUCUCCUUGUCUUUAGUCGAACCCAACUCAUUCUCUCUUCUUCCUUCUCUUUCUAUCUCCUCACAAAAACCCUUUUCCCUUUCCUUUCAACGUUACAAUCGCUUCAACAGCAUUUACCCUCUUAAUUGUUCUUCAAGUAUUACAAUUGAAAACCAAAAAUCUGAAACAACCCAAGAAGAACAAGAGUUCUCUCGAACAAGAUUAAUUGCCCAAAAUGUACCUUGGUCCUCUACUGCUGAUGACAUUCGUGCUUUAUUUCAAAACCAUGGAACUGUUCUUGAUGUUGAGUUGUCGAUGCAUAAUAUGACAAGGAACAGGGGAUUGGCAUUUGUUGAGAUGGAUUCUGCUGAAGAAGCUGCUGCAGCUCUUGCUAAACUUGAAGCUUUUGAAUAUGAAGGGCGAACUCUAAGGUUGAAUUAUGCUAAGCUAAAGAAGAAGAAAGUUCCGCUUCCUGUGCAACCUAAGCCUGCUGUUGUGUACAACCUGUUCGUGGCAAAUUUACCUUUCGCUGCGAGGUCUAAAGAUCUUAGGGAAUUUUUUCAAUCAAAUGGUAGUAAUGUUGUUUCAGCUGAGGUCAUUUUUAGUGAAAAUCCUAGACAAUCCUUGGGUUAUGGAUUUGUUUCUUUUAAGACUAAAAAAGAAGCUGAUGAAGCCCUCACCACUUUUGAUGCGAAGGAGCUGAUGGGAAGAAUAAUUAGACUAGCACGUAGCAAACGAUUUGUAAAACUUGAGUCAGAAUUGAAUAGCCAAUCAGAAGAUGGGGAAGACAUGCCAGCUGAUUCGGAGCAAGCAGAGGCAGUCGAUAACAUGUAAAAAUGAAGAAUUGGAGGCACUGUUUGUGUUUGCUUCAACUUAUUUGUUGAGAUAGGAAAUUAUACAGAAGAUAUAAGAGUAAAAGAGGGUUUCGUUCAUGAUUCACUACUAACACCAGCUAUCAUCGACAGGCUGUGUUGUACAGGGCCGUGCAGCUGUGUCUAACUCGGCAAACGUAAUGCAUUGCGAUCCGAGUUUCCUGCUCUACAUAAUGAGCAUGGAAGUUCUCGACAGUAUGCCCGAAGUUUUCUAUGCCCUCUCUGCUCGGUUCUCUGAAUUGCCUGUCAUGCGUGAUAGAUUGCUUAGACAUAUAGUUAUACGUACUGAUACAUUCUCUGCACGUCUUGCAAGCUACGAUUAACCUAUUAUAGUUAAGAUCGGUAAUUGAGUGUCCUGUUCUUUACAAACGACAUUACUCUGUAGCUUCCGGCACCAUUUUUGUAUAUCUAUAAUGCGUUUGGUUAAGCACAUCAAUGUUAUAUAACAGCAACUGCUGCACUGUGAUGAUC